GGGGGAGGGGCCGCAGCUGCUUUUCCCCUUUUUUUUUUCCCCCCCCCCCUCCCGCGUCUCGCGGGUUUUUUUUUCCGGGUCCCCCCCUCCCCCCCCCCGUUUUUUCCCCCCCGCCUCGUCCCGCCCCGGCCCGCGCGCCCCGCGCCCCUCCCCCCGCGGCCACGCGCCCCCCCCGCCCCCCCGGCGCCAGGAGGAGGAGGAGGAGGGGCCGCGCCCCCGCCCCCGGGCGCCCAUCACCGCGCCGCGCUGUGCCCGCCAUGUCGAGCAGCCCUGCAACACCAGAGAACCUGGAGAUCAUGAAGGAGGCGGAGAAGCGGCUGGGGGACGAGCCAACACACAAGGCCAAGUUCGCGAUGCGGUCACCGAGCAAGGAGGAGGCAGACAAGGACGGGGAGGAGCCCGGCGUGCGGCAGGAAGCUCAGAGGCGACCGUCGAACCACGGGCACAACAGGAAACGAGCCAAGUCCAACUCGAAGCUGAAGCUGGUGCGGAGCCUGGCCGUGUGUGAGGAGUCCACCAGCCCCUUCGCGGAUGGGCCGCUGGAGCCCCAGGACAUCAUCCAGCUCCAUGUCAGUUGCCCCUCGGACAAGGAGGAGGAGAAAUUGGCAAAGGACGGAGCCGAGAAGGAGGAAAAGGGCAAGGAGAAGACGCCACGCAAGAUGCUCUCACGAGACUCCAGCCAAGAGUACACGGACUCCACCGGCAUCGACCUGCACGAAUUCCUAGUAAAUACACUGAAAAAAAACCCAAGGGAUCGAAUGAUGCUGCUAAAGUUAGAACAGGAAAUCCUGGAGUUCAUUAGCGAUAACAACAAUCAGUUCAAGAAGUUCCCUCAGAUGACCUCGUACCACCGCAUGCUGCUACACCGCGUUGCCGCCUACUUUGGCAUGGACCACAACGUGGACCAGACCGGCAAGGCCGUCAUCAUCAACAAGACUGGCAACACCCGCAUCCCGGAGCAGCGCUUCUCAGAGCACAUCAAGGAUGAGAAGAGCGCAGAGUUCCCCCAGCGCUUCAUCCUCAAACGGGAUGACGCCAGCAUGGACCGGGAUGAGAACCAGAUGCGGCUCCCAUUGCAGGAUGGGCGGCGGAGCAAGUCCAUCGAGGAGCGCGAAGAGGAGUACCAGCGCGUCCGCGAGCGCAUCUUUGCCCGCGAGCAGACAGGCCAGAAUGGCUACCUGACCGACAGCAGACUCGCCCAAGACGCCUUGUCCUGUAGCUCGCACAAAAGGCGCCAGAUCUUUAGGGGAAACCGGGACGGGCUGCCCCGGCCCCCGGGCAGCCGGCAGAGCAGCACAGAGAGCGAGCUGAAGUCACUGGAGCCGCGGCCCUGGAGCAGCACUGACUCAGAUGGCUCGGCCCGGAGCCUGCGCCCACCCGUCACCAAGGCCAGCAGCUUCAGCGGCAUCUCCAUCCUCACCCGCGGUGACAGCAUCGGCAGCAGCAAGGGUGCUGGGGCCAGCCGGGCGGCCAGGCCAGGUCUGAUGCUGGCCACCCCGGAGCCUGGCAGCCCAGCGGCCACAUCGCAGCCAGGGCGCGGGGGGCUCCUGCCCUGUUCUGCCCAGCCCCAACCACAGCCCCCGCCGCCCCCACAGCCGCCAGCGCUGCCCCCCACACCCCAGCAGCCGCCAGCGAUGAGCAACCACCUCCUGUCGCAGCCUGUCCCAGCCCUGCAGCCUGUUCAGUACUCUCCAAGCUCCUGCCCCCAAGUCCUCCUGCCCGUGUCUCCGUCCCAGCAGUACAACAUGGCCGAGGAGCUCAGCACCCCUUUCGGGCAGAUCAGCCUCAGCCGCCAGGGGUCCACGGAGGCUCCAGACCCCUCCCCCAGUGCCCUCUUCCAGCCCCCGCUCCUCUCCCAGCCCCCGCAGCAGGCAGGCUUCAUCAUGGCCUCACCCGGGCAGCCUGGAGCCCCCUCCAGCUACUCCGCCUCAGGGCACACGGCCACCACCCAGCAGGUCCUGCAGCCCCAGGGCUACAUCCAGCCGCCCCAGCAAAUUCAGGUCUCGUACUACCCUCCUGGGCAGUACCCCAGCUCCAGCCAGCAAUACCGCACCCUGAGCCAUCCUGUGGCAUACAGCCCUCAGCGCAGCCAGCAGCUCCCCCAGCAGUCACAGCAGCCUGGGCUGCAGCCUGUGAUGUCUGGCCAGCAGCAGCCAUACCAGGGUGUGAUGGGGGUGCAGCAGUCCCAGAACCCUGGCCUCCUUGGCAGCCAGCGCAGCAGCGUUGGGGGGCAGAUGCAGGGGCUGAUGGUCCAGUACACACCACUGCCUUCCUACCAGGUGCCAGUGGGCUCAGAGGCGCAGGGCGUGGUGCAGCAGCCGUUCCAGCAGCAGGUGCUGGUGCCUGCCAGCCAGUCGGUGCAGGGGGGGCUGCAGGCCGGGGGGCUGCCUGUCUACUACAGCGUCAUCCCCACGGCCCAGCAGAACGGGACCAGCUCGUCUGUUGGGUUCCUGCAGCCGCCCGGCUCCGAGCAGUACCAGCUGCCCCAGUCCCCAUCGCCCUGCAGCCCACCGCAGAUGCAGCAGCAGUAUUCAGCAGGGGUGUCGGCGUCGGGGCCCGGCGUGGUCGUCAUGCAACUCAAUGUGCCCAACGGCCCCCAGCCCCCCCAGAACCCGCCCGUGGUGCAGUGGAGUCACUGCAAGUACUACGGCCUGGAUCAGCGGGCACAGAAGCCCGGAGAGCUAUACAGCCCCGACACCAGCGCUCAGGCCAGCACCCAGCUGAGCAGCCCCAUCACAUCCCCCACCCAGUCCCCGACGCCGUCGCCUGUCACCAGCCUCAGCAGCGUCUGCCCGGGGCUGAGCCCCCUCCCCGUCCUCGCCCAGUUCCCCCGGCCCGUGGGCCCAGCACAAGGCGACGGGCGCUACUCGCUGCUGGGGCAGCCUCUGCAGUACAACCUGGCGCUGUGCCCCCCCCCGCUGCUGCACAGCCAGCCCAGCUACACCUCGCACCAGAGCCAGACAGGAAUGAAGCACGGGAACAGGGGCAAGAGGCAGGCCCUCAAGUCCGCAUCCACUGACCUCGGGACCAGCGAUGUAGUGCCGGGCCGUGUGCUGGAGGUGACGGACCUGCCCGAGGGCAUCACGCGCAGCGAGGCCGACAAGCUCUUCACGCAGCUGGCUAUGGCGGGCGCCAAGAUCCAGUGGCUGAAGGAGACGCGGGGCCGGCGCGGGGCAGGCGCGGGGGCCGGGGACGGGCGCGUGGGGCCUGAGAACGGGCGGCACCCCGACCUGGCGGCGCUCUACACGGUGGUGGCCGUGUUCCCCAGCCCCCUGGCCGCCCAGAACGCCUCACUGCGCCUCAACACGCCGCUCAGCCGCUUCCGCCUACGUGGUGCCAAGCGCCACUACGACCUGCGCGUGCUGGAGCGCGCCAGCUCCCAGUAGGGCCCCUGCCGGGCUGGGGGCUGCGCUGGACUUUGGCCCCCGGAGCCUCCCCGCGCGCCUCUGCUUUCGUUCACCCCGUUUCUUUCUGGAGAUAUUUAUAUGGACGCGAUGAAGAGGAGACAGUGAUUUGUUCCUGCCACUGCCCUUUGAUUUUGGAGUGAGAGGUCCUCGCCCGGACCCCCAUAACCCCCCUGGCCUGGCCUGGUUCCCCCUUGACCCAGCCUGGACCCCCCACAGACCCCCCCCUAGCCUGGGCUGGAACCCCCCAGCCUGGCUUGGUCUGAACCUCCCCACAUCCCCUGUGUCCUGGUUGAUCUCCCACAGCUCCUGGACACCCCCAAGCCUGGUCUGGUCUGAACCACCACCCCCCAACAGACCCCCUGGCCUGGCAUGGAUCUCCCAAACCACCCCUAGCCUGGCCUGGGACCCUUGCCCCCACAGACCCCCACAGCCUGGCCUGGACCCCCAUAAACACCUCAGCUUACAGCUCCCAGAUCUCCCCCCCCCCCCCCGAAUCCCCUGGCCUGGCCUGAACCCAACCCCACACACAGCUGUGAUCCCCACCCCCAGGCUCAGUCUGGACACACAUCCCACCCUGGCCUGUCCAUGCAGCCUCCAGGCCAUAGCCAGGACCCCAGCCCCUCGCCUUUCUUUGAGCCCGUCACAGCCAGGUCCUGACCCUACAACCCUGGUCCAGACGCCCCUCCUCCCAAAGCCCCCAGACUCUCCCAGCCUGGCCUGGACCCUCCACCCCAGCCCAGAUACCCUCUCCCCACCACCACCGCCACCACCCCUGGGCUGGCCCUGAUGCCCCCAGCCCCAUGUCCGUUGCUCUGUCGGGCGCCGCGUGGCCGCACUGGGUUGGUCACUGUACAUUUUAUUUAAUGGGUUUAUUAUUAUUAUUGGGGGGGGGCGGGGGGAUUUUUUGAUUUUUAAAUAUAAAAAGAAAAAAAAAUCGUCUGUCACCAA